CGCUGACUCUUUCUGGCUCUUCUGGCUCUUCUGGUCCUUUCUCGUUACUUGAGGCCCUGCGUGUUCUUCCUUGCUUUUUCGUUUCAGGGUAAGCAGCGAUCGGGGAUUUAAAAAGCGGGUUUUUUCCCCUCUCCCUCGUUAUUCCAACCACUCAACAACUCGUAUGUAGAGAGAGAGAGCUGGCUGCUGGUUCGUCAGGCUCCGUCAUCAGCUGCCUCUUUUUGGCCUUUCCCAGCUGGACUGCGCUCCCGAACAGGCCUAGUCAGGUCCCGAACCCGCCAAUCAUACCCCGCCACCCUGCACCCUUGCCCUGGAUCGCGCCCCACUCUUGGCGCUGACGUCUCGCCACGCUAGCCCUGUUCGGGUGAAGUGGGGCCCCCAACCAAGUCAGGCACAUUUUUUUUUUUCUUCUUUUUUUUCCUUUUCUUUUGCUGCUGCGUGUUGCUGAGCCGCGCGCCGCCCCUGAAUGACUAGUCGUUACCGCCCUCCACCUCUCGUUUUUUUAAAUUCUACCCCCCGUCCACCCCGUCAUCUCCCUCCUCCUCCUCCUCCUCCUCUCCUUUUCUUCUUCUUCUUCCUCUUCUUCUUCACGACGACAUUCUCUCACUCUCUCUCUCUGUGUCCGUCUUGACGACUGUCCAGUCCUUCCUUUUCGUCCUCCCGACUCUCGUCAGCGCCCCCACAUCUGCUCGCCUGGGACUUCACUCCUUUUGAGUCCACAGCCGGGUUUCAUCUUCGCACAUCUCAAAACACCAAACCCACCGUUCGUCACGGUUCGUUCUCUCUCUCACACACACUCUCUCGAGUAGCUCAGCAGCUGUCGAAACUUGGAAAACAACAUAAACCACAGUCGCAAAUUCACUCCUUGAUUGCGCUGUCAGAUCCCAAUUCGAAACAACCUUCCUUUCUGUCUUCUGAGAAUCGCCUGGUUCGAUUCAAAAAUUCUUGUGUUUCGUCGAUUUUCUUCUUUUUUUUUUUGAAACCGUCGUUCUAGAGCAAGCUCUCUAGCAAUUCCAGUGGACGCCUUGCCAGAAACUUUCAAUUCGGACAUCUUCAAUCCCACCUUUCAGAGAGAUUUUUCUUUUUGCAAACAUUUGUCGAAAUCUCGCCUGUGAUCCACGAUGGCUCCGAAAUUCCUCAAGGCCCUUACCGCUGCUGCCGGCCUCUACGCCUCUCUCGCGGCCGCCGCUCCUCUCCAGAAGCGCGCGAUCGUCUGGGAGACCGUCACUGACAUUGUCGUCGAGACCGUCGAAGUCACACUGACCGUCACUGGAGUCCCCGGUGGUCCAAAGACGAUCUCCCCACCAGAGCUCACCACCACCACAACUGAACAACCACCUCCAGUCCCGACGACCAUGUACAAGGCUCCACCACCACCACAGUCACCGCCUGCUCCUACAACAACCGCCCAGGCUCCACCACCGCCGCCGCCGCCACCACCACCACCACCACCACCUGCUCCCACGACAACUCAAGCUCCUCAAUAUCCUCCUCCACCUCCACCACCACCUCCACCAGCUCCAACAACAUCCAAAGCUGCUCCCCCUCCCCCUCCCCCACCUCCACCACCCCCACCACCAGCGCCACCAGCUCCUAAGCCAUCCAAGCCUGCUCCACCACCCCAGCCACCCACCGAGCUGCCCGACCCCUCCAAGCAGGUCUUUUCUGGUGACAUGACUUUCUACAACGGUGGUCUGGGUGCCUGUGGAACUGAAAUCGAUACCCAGGGUGAGGAUGCUGUCGCUAUCUCCGUCGACAUCAUGGGUAGUGAAAACAACAACAGCCCAUACUGCGGAAAGACUAUAACCAUUGAGUACGGAGGUGUGACCUCCAAGGCUGUCGUCAAGGACAAGUGCCCAACCUGCGCUCGUGGUUCACUUGACAUGACUCGCCAUCUCUUCUACAAAUUUGCCGACGAAGCGGAAGGUCGUGUCCAUGGAGUGAAAUGGUCGUUUGACGACUAGGCUGGUCCCUAGUGUCAACCUCAAUCCCGAAACCUUUUUCUUUCAUUCUUGGCUUCGUUGCCACCUCUUCACUUCUUUUCCAACUGUUUUUGUGUGGGAUGGGGGUUUGAUCCCUUUUUGAUGCAGGGAUUCUCAGAGAGAAUAUUCUCGUCGGCAAGAUUGCAACACAUUUACCAUUGUUGACCUAUCAACCAAGCCUCCAAAGGUGACUUUUGAUUUUGAUAGGGAUAUGUACAUACAUAACAAGCACAUUGUCUCUGUUUUUUUCCCAUGCAUAUAACCACCUCACCCCACUGAAACUGUUGGAAAUGAUUUUAUGAUUCAUGGUCAAGUUCUGCGCUUCCUGUUCAUAUGCAUUUCAGACAGGGGGUUUCUUGUGGCGAGGUUAGGGCCAAAGGGUAAAAGGAGAAGGAGGAGUACUGGAGAUCUGCGCAGCUUUCGAUCUUUUUUAUGGGGGGGCAGAUUGAUUUUUCUCUUCUUCUCUCUCGCUUGCCUCAAUUCUGCCCUAGGAGAAUUUUGGCCCCCUUUUUUUGUUUCACAUGAAUUUUUUGAGACUUUGUUUAUACCAAAAUACCUUAGAUCUGGAACAACAGCAAUUGUUUUGAACAAGAAAAAAACCUGUC